UUAAUUUUCAAAAUUAAUGAGAGGGGAUACAAGUGUUUAUUCUAUCAUUCCCCUUUGUAUUGUUAACUCGAUCUUUCGAUUUUUAGGGGGAUAAAACAGGGGUCUAGCCUUUUAAUCAUAAAGAACAGGACUUCAAGAGGCUAACAAUCAGCCAUUUCUGCUCAAGUUUUACCUCAACACAAUAUCGACAUUGUCUGACGGUUAUAGUCGCGCGGAAGACUUAAAUGUGGCUGGUGUAACGGUAUUAAUGAUCACUACAUGUGAAGUUACUAAUGUGGGUUUGUUUUCCUAAUUGCAGGCCAGAAAAGAAUGAACGUACUGGAAGAAGAGGAACAGGUCCUACGCAAGCUGGACCUGUAGAACAAUGAAUAAAUCCACUUUGUAAUAAGUUUCCCUUUUUGUACUCUAACCGCGUCUUUCAAUUUUUAAAUAUAUGUCUGUUGUGCCAGUACGUCGCGUUCUUACUUCAGUGGCGUUUACCGGUCCUGAUUGUUGUGUUGUGUUUUAGAUCUCUAUUGCUUCCAAGUGAACGCUAAUAGUACGUGCUACACUGUCUUAUUCAGAUCCAUUAAAUGUAUAAUGGGGGAUCAACUACUUUUCGAAAAUCUUGACGAGAAGCUAGAGGAUGAAGAUGGAUUUAUUACUGCAAGUUGGUUAUCUAUCACUUUCGACUUGAAUAUAGAUGCAUCGAGACGUUUGAUGGCGGCAUAUAUCCAGGCACGUGACAACUUGUCAUCUGUAUAUCUACUGACUGGGAUCAAUAAACAAAAUGAUAUAUUAGUUAAGUUGGCCAAUUCAGACCAGUUAUCACUGGCUCAGAAGUCGUUCUCGUUUCCUCCUAAAUGUGUUGUGUAUAGUAUACAACGCCGACAAUGCAAGGAUUCUUUAUCAUUGGCUUGCUACGACUUAUUGCAUAAUAUUUCUACAGAUCAAUUAAAAAGAUUAACUAGUAUUCCGUGGGAGUCAUCUUCUGAUCCACUGUCAUGUCGAGAAAAUCAAGAGACUGCACAGAAAGCACUGGAACAUGCUGAUUCUCCUGUGUUACCGAGUCUUGCUACCAGUGGAUGCAAUAAGAAAAUUAAAACUUCAGAUUUCAAAAAUUUUUUCAGUAAGAUUGAAAAGUCUGUUCAGGAUGAUAAAACGCUUGAAAAUUAUUUAGCAACAAGCACUAAAAAUAACAUAAUUCCUAAGCCAGUAGAAAGUGGGAAACUGGAUGUAUCGGACGAAGACGAAGAAUUUGGUUUGAAAACUACAUAUUCUUCGCAAAAGCGGAAAUGUAUUGUCAUUGAAUCCGAUGAAGAAAAAGAAGAGAGUAGUACAAUGACUAAGGAUUGCGUGUCUACUAAUUUAUUUAAUUCUAAAGCAAGUACGAAACUUAGAAACAAUGAUAUACAGAAAAAGCGACCUACUCGCAGAAAAGAUAAACUGAAAGUAUUAGCUUCUGAUUCAGAAGCUGAUUCAUUUUCCAUGGAGCCUACACAAUCUGAAAAAUCACCCGACAAUGUUAAAAAAAUCGGUGUUAAAACUUUGUCAACACCGAUUAAGUGUGAAGGAAAUUCAAGAACUGAGAAAUCUAGCUGUGCUGCUGGUUUAAAUCGUAUUCGUCACCAAGUAAUGAAAACGUUUGCAGAUGAAGAUGGCUUUAUGGUUACGGAAAAAGGCUGGGAAUGUUCAUCAGAUGAUGAAACCUCUAAACCGACAACAGCACCCUCUCCUUCUUGUAUGGAUCAAAAUGAGAAAAAUGAACGGGUUGUUCAACCGAAAAUUGAUAAUCCUGUAUCUCUAACUGCACCACCAACGAUUCAACAGACUAAGCCACCCAAACAAUCAAACAAAAAGAACACGAAUAAUAAGCCGGCAGCUAGUAAACAAGCUUCAUUGUCAUCAUUUUUCAAGCCUAGUAAUACUGUAAACUAAUUACUUGGAGAUUCAAUUGUUAAUUAUUUUCUAUGAUUCUCUUAUGGAAUCUCUGUAUAAAAACGAUUUAUU